AUGAACAAUUCCCUAGAUUAUCUAGCUUACCCUGUAAUUGUCUCUAAUCACAGGCAAAGCACAACCUUCAGGAUGAAAAUGGACUUUUUCCACUACAUCUUUCACAAGAAUAGAAUACAAACAGUGAAGCCUACUGUCGAUACCAAACCUCCAGUGGUGCACACACACAACAUUUUAAAACUGAGCAAGCUACAGGGUGAACAAAAGAGAAUUGACAAAAUCAAAUAUGAAAACAAGCAACUGUGUCAGAAAAUAGCAAAUGCUCAUCGCGGUCCUGCCAAGGUGGAUUGCUGGAACGAAUAUUUUUCCAAGAGCUUGAACAGAGAAAUGAAGAACCGGGAGCUAGUGAGAAUCACCAUGGAAAACCAGGGCAUUUUGAAGAGGCUUGGUGAUUGCAAACCCAACUAUGACCGCAGGUCAUCCGAGAUAGACUGGCAGAAUUCAAGACGCUAUAUCAGAAAUACAACAAGAUAUCUUCUCUCCCAAGAUGCAUAGGUAUGUCUUAACGUGGCUGCUAUUUUUAUUUACUAUAAAAUAUGGUGAUCACAGUUGAUAUCAAAGCCAUGAGAACUGUAUAGAUGGAGAACAAGGGGCCCAGUUAAAGAGAUGAAUUUUACUCUUUUAUAAUGUCAAUUGGUCAUCCAUCCAUUUUGGGAUUUUAGAGCUCUCUGUUUCCUCUCUCCGUACAAGUAGGAAAUGACUGUCUUUCGUCAUCAGCUUUGAGGCUUUCCAUGAGUCUAAGAAAAUGAUUUGUUUCAGUAAGACAUAAACAGGAGGUCUUAUGGCUUUAAUGUUGUGCCAAAGUUACAUCAUGAGUCUCUGUCACUAUUCAAAAGUACUGUUGUGUUGGCAUUGGUAUUAACAUUACUAGUAAUGACUGUCCCUGCCACCCCAGGAGAAAGACAAAAAACACUCAGGCUUUCCAAUGUAAUGUGUAUAAUUAAUGUUUCUCCACUUCUCUCCCUCUCUCCUCCCUGAAUACAAAGUUACUCACCAUGGAAAAGAUAUAUGAGAAGGUCUUAGGAUUUCUUAGCUGUUUAGAAUCUCAAGACACUCCUAAGUAGCUGAAUGCCCAAUCUUAGGAUACUACAAUAAAGCUUGGAACAUAAAAUGAGUAAGUUAUACUUAAGAUACCCAAAGGCUUUAAGUCCCAUCCCAAAAUGGAGAGAGAAAGAAAGGUGCAAAUAAGCAUUUUAACUUGGGGCUAUGAAAAGAACUUUUAGUGAGAGAGAGAGAAAACUUUUAAAAACAUACAUCACCACCACCACCCUGCGGGGAGUAAAGGUGGGGUGAGGUGAUCCAGCCACAGGUUCCCCUCUGUUAAAAUGGAAAACAAAAGCGCAAAAAGAAAUUAAGGUUCAGACAACACAGAGAACAAAUGUCAUUAGUUCCUCUGUAAAUACCCAGAAUUAGAAGAGAAUGCUUUGUCGAAGUUUCCAUGCACUCUGUUCAUUUAUAGAGAGCAGCAACUGUGAAAACAUCACAAACAUCUUGAAACAUUUUGUAAGACGACAUUGCAUGGUCUCUAUGACUGGUCGUGUUGGUUUUGAACCUGACUUUUUAAACUAUUUAUUUUGAAAGAGAGUAACUCUUAAAUGUUCUCAUUAGAAAUAAAUGUUUCAUUUUAAAAUCAUUAAACCCACAGAAAGUCCCAAAUAAAUGUACAGGCCUUCUGUGCCAUUCACAUAAGUUCUCCUAUUGUCAGCAUCUCAUGUAACUACAGUACAAUAUGAAACCUGGAGUUGACAUUAGUACAAUCCAUAGAGCAUACAUAAAUUUCAGUUAUACAUGCACUCAUUUGCAUGCGCAUGUAUAGCUCUAUGAAAUUUUAUCACAUGUGUAGCUUUAGGGAACUAUCAUCAUAUUCAAGUUAACUGUACCAUUAUAAAAAAACUCUAUUGUACUUCCCCUUUAGCCACAGCUCCCCUUUUCCUACUAUCCCUAACCCCUGGCAAUUACUAACCUGUUUUCCAUCUCUAUAAUUGUUAUUUUGGGAAUGUUACAUAAAUGGGAUUGUGCAGUAUCCAUUCUUUUAAGAUUGGCUUUUUUCAUACAGUGCAAUGGCUCUGUAUAUGCAAUGGCAUGAUUUCCUUGAGGUUCACCCGUUAUGUGCAUCAAUAGUUCAUUCCCUUUUACUGCUGAGUAGAAUUCCAUGGUAUAGAUGUACCAGUUUAACCAUUCACUCACUGAAGGACAUUUAGGUAGCUUCUAGUUUUUUUACUUUAAUGAAUGAAUAAAGCUGCUAUGAAUAUUUGUGUACAAGUUUCUGCUGAAAGCAAGUUUAAUUUCUCUGGGAUAAAUGCCCAAGAGUGAAAUUUCUGGGUUGUAUGGUAAAUCCAUUUUAAAAUGAACUGCAAAAUGAUUUCCAGAGAUACUAUACCAUUUUACAUCCCACCAGCAAUGGAUGAGUGAGCCAGUUUCUCCACAUCUUCACCAGCAUUUGAUGUUAACACCUUUUAUUUUAGCCAAUCCCAUAUGUGUAUAGUGACAUCUCAUGUGGUUUUAAUUUGCUUUUCUCUGUUCAUGAAGUUGAGUAUCUCUCAUAUGCUUAUUUGUCACCUGUUAUAUACUCUUUGGUGAAAUGUCUAUGAAAAUCUUUUGCUAAUUUUCUGAUUGGAUUGUUCAUUUUUCAAUAUUGAAUUCUGAGAAUUCUUUAUAUAUUCUAGAUGCAAAUCCUUUGUUGAAUAUAUGAUUUGCAGAAUAUUUUCUCUCAGUCUGUAAUUUGUCUUUUUGUCCUAAUAGGGUCUUUCACAGAACAAAGUAUUUUAAUUUUGAUGACAUCCAAUUUAUCAUUGAUGAAACUUGUGUUUUGACCAUAUCAGUGUCAACAUACAAUUGUGAUAUUGGCUAUAGUACGGCAGUCUGCUACCACUGGGGAAACUAGGUAAGGGAUACAGAGGAUCUCUCUGUAUUCUUUCUUACACACAUAAAUUUACAGGUAUCUUAAAAUAAAAAUUUUUAAGAAAAAAAAUCAGUAUGUCCAGAUAUAAACUCAUUAUUAACUGGUUCCAGUUCAUCUCAGUUUGAGGAAUCACCAUUCUUCUAGACAUCCAGGUUGGAAACCUGGGGUUCAUCCUUUACUUUGCUGUUUUUCCCCUUCCCCCUGACUAUAUAGUUUAAAUCUACCGGUCCUACUGCUCAGUCUCUGUACGUGCAAUGGCUCGUAUUUCAAGCACUUGUGGUUUAUGACUGGUAUGGUAUGUCCCUAUCACUUUUUAGCUUAACACCAUCAGUGCUUGCCAUUCCUUCCAAAAUGAGCCACACUUUUUUGUUGUUGUUCUUUUUACUUAAAGGUAAGUAUGAACAUUUGUAGGGCAUACCAUAAAUCUGAAACCAUCUACAUUUCUACUGUGCUUCAUUACAAGCAGCCCAAGAGGAUAAGACCUUAAGAGUGGGACAGGUGGUUUGAGCACAUCCAGAAAUAGAAAUUAGGCUCUAGGAAACAAAGUCUACCUUAUUUUUAAUUUUUUUCUUCUUUUUUUAAAAUUUUGGUAUCAUUAAUAUACAAUUACAUGAGCAA